AAGAGAUGAUCAUGUUUUAGGGUCGGUUUGUGCUCCUCCUGCUCCCUUACGCCAUUUACCACGCUGGCGGACGGCUCGUGCCACACUUACUGCGGAGACGACAUGCUGCAGCAGCAGAACGGCGAGAGCGCGCGUCUCCGGGACCCCGUGUGCCUCAAUGUGGGAGGAGAGGUGUACACCACCACGCUGGACACACUGACCCGCUGCAGGGACUCUAUGCUGGGGGCCAUGUUCACCGGGCAGAUGCCCCUGCUGAGGGACCAGCACGGCAACUUCUUUAUCGACCGCGAUGGCAAGGUGUUCCGCUACAUCCUCAACUACCUGCGCUCCAACAGCCUCGACCUGCCCGACGACUUCAAGGAGAUGUCCCUGCUCAAGCGGGAAGCGGACUUCUUUCAGAUCGGGCCCCUGCUCGAGGAGAUCCGGCAAUACGAAGCAGGUCCGCGGGGUGCCGGCUGGCGAAGCGCCGUGCUCAGCGCCGAUGUCGACUGUCAGGUACGCAUGCUGCAUUUCAACCUGAAACGCGGGCCGGAGAACUACGAGCUGCGCUCCUGUGCCGUGCGCGUCUACUCGGCCAACGUCUUCUGCACGGCCGGCGCCUUCGUCCAGUUGCUGUGCGCCCGCUUCCGUUACCGUGCGCCGGACGGGGCCGCGAACCCGCGGCCUGCCCUUGGAAGGCCAAACUACAUGCGGCUCGAGUGGGUGCCCCGGCCAGAGGAGCUGCCCCAGGACUUGUACGAGAAGCACGGGUUCCGGGAGCUGGGCCUCACUUCACCCGGGACGACCCCCGAUUCCUCGGCCGGCGGCGCGAUUCCAGACACGAGCGCCUUCGUCGAGGAGCUCCUGAAGAUCGCUCUGGCUGAAGGGUUUCGCGUGGACUCCGUGUUGCCCGACCCCUCGGACAUACUCGCCUGCCGCUCUCUGAGAUUCGUCAGGUACUGACCCGCUGGCGACA